CAUAGCGUGAUGCGUCGGUCGCACUCGAGUGAUAUAGAAUUGCGCUUGGUUGGGUUGUGUUUUCCCUCCUUUUCUGCGAUUGUAUAUAUUUAUUGGUGUCAGCUUCUGUUAUUCAGCAAAUUAUACUUGAUUCAUUAUUGUGUACUUUCCGAAAUUCAGAAUGCGUAAAAUAUCUAAAAGCCGUGCAGACGAUGAUGUUGUAUCAUCUACUAAUGGAUCCGGGUCGCUUGGUAUUGAAGAUCAAGAAGCUGACCAGAGUGUGGAGCGUGAAGAAGAUAAAUCUGGAUCUAAAGAUAAGAAUGAUAGUAUAAACGAUGGAGAUUCUGAUGAUUCUAAAGAACUCGUAACUAGUAAAUCAAAAACCAAAUCAAAGAAACGUAAAUCUGGGAAGAAUAACAAAACCAAUGAUGAUGACGAUCAAACUGAUUCGGAUCUAAAGCAAAAUGAUGAUACAGCUGAUGAUGUUGAUUCCGUGGAAUCCAAAGAAACGCCUAAAAAAAAACCUAAAAGCGAAAGUAAGGCUAAAUCCAAAAAGGGGAAAUCAGGACGGGAGACUAAGAAGAAUGUAGCAGAGGAAGAAGAAUAUGAGGUUGAAAGAAUUGUUGAUUCUAAGAGAAUUAAAGGAAAACUCCAUUAUUUGAUUCGUUGGAAGGGAUACAGUGCAGAUAGUGAUUCUUGGGAACCCCAUGAUACAUUAUCUUGCCCCGAUGUUAUAAAUAAAUAUAAUGAAGAAAAAGAAAUUCCUCCCAAAAAGAGUAAUAAGAGGAAAGCUAAAAAAAAGGAGACCAAAGUUCCAGCCAAACGAGCAAAAACUAACUGGGACAGUGAAAAUGCUGAUGAAAAUGCAGAAUAUGAAGUGGAACGCAUUUUGGAAGUCCAUCAUAAGAAGAAUGGAGACAGGGAAUUUUUAAUCCAUUGGAAGGGAUGGUCUAGCAAGUUUGAUUCAUGGGAGCCAGAGAAGAAUUUAAACUGUCCUGAUUUAAUCAAGAGAUUUAUGGAUAAGGUGAGUGUCGCACGUUCGUCAACGGGAAGAAAUUUGCGUGUUGCUCCGGAAACUACGAACCGGUUCACUUUACAAGAUCCCUCGUCCGGACGUCGUCUUAGCAAACGCAGAGGACAAAGACAAAGAGUGCGGUACGAUGACGCUGAAUGAAACACAUCAGAUUGUGGCAUUGCCCUUUAGUACAAGCAACUUCCGCAAAGAGACCUAUCAAACGAGUUUGUGAUCUUAAAAGUUUCAGUGGUUGCUAAAUAGUUGGCUUGAUGUCUCAUGUCGCUUAUUGGUUGAAAGUCAGAGAACAUUUUUUUAAUAUAUUAAAAAGACUUUCAAGUAUCUGGGGCGGGUAUACAAUAACAUGAAGAUUAAGUAUAAUUAUUUUGAAUAUAUGUACCUAAUAAAAGUAACAUCUUCUAUCUUUGCCUUCCUGAUCUGGAUUUUUUUAAAGUGUCUUUUUUGUAGGUAUUUUAUUCUUAUUGGUAUGUGAAUGUUUUUUUUUUCAUGACUUUCAUUCAUUCAUUCAUUCUAGACUUUCAACGUUUUUUUUGCGGUUGUUGCUUUAUUCGUGUUUUUUUAUAUUUUUGUUUGUGUUCCAACAUAAGAGGUUAUAUUUAAAUGUGUGCAAUGUUCAAUAUGUUUUCUUCUCAAUACGAGCAUUUCUGUAUGAUCCCGCUACGAUUAUGUAUAUUAAAACAACAUUUACAUCAAAGCUUCUAAUAUGGUGCAAGUGCUCAUCCAUUUUUAAUAAUAUGGAAUUGGAAAUAUUUGUUUUGUGGCAUAUAAGGUUGUUAUUAUUUGAUACAAUAUAUAUGUUAUAGUCAAACCCCAAAACACAAUAUCUUCGCGGAAGGACUGGUUUAUCUUAUGUUUGGCUAAAGUCAUCGGGUAAUCCUCGAAAUACAUUUGAAUUUCGCCCUUUGUUUGACAGUAUUUUUACUAUAAACCUAGGAGCUCCCAACUUUUCAGACAAACGUUGAACGUAAAACUUAAUAAAUUAUUUAAGCAUCUCAAAUACAACGUGAAAAUCUUGUAAACUGACCAAUCAGGUGUCAGAACAGACAGAGUUAAGCGGUACAGAGUUAAGCGGUUCUUAAGAUUUGAAAGCUGCUUAAAUUAUAAAAUGCUUUCAAAUAUACGGAAUUAGUACAUUUCAUACCUAAUUCAAGUUUAUAUUGUCAAUCCCCGAUUUAACAAAAUUGUGUUUUGACGUUUGCCUGAACAAAUUAGUCUCUCCCAAGUUUGACGAAAAGUGUUUAGUAAAAGUCCGAAAUAUUACAUUUAUAUGGGUUUUGGCAAAGUCAUUACGCCAGACCUGAGGAUUGACCAGUCCAAUCUACGAGUUCCCGAGCUUUGGGGUUUGACCAUAACAUAUACAUCUACAAUAAAUGCGAUUAGUAUUCUUCAGAUACAUUAAGGUGUUUAUGUUUAUAAAAACACGAGGGUAAACUAUUGAAGUAUGCUACAACUGUAUUAUUGAAUAAAAUAAUUGAAUUUAGCAUAGUGGCAAUAUUAUUUUUGCCAUUCACUAAAAAUUAGGCGUCGAUAUUUGUGCUAAUUACCACCCGCCUAUAUAUUUGGUUUUAUAAGGUCGUUUAUUAACGACGACAACAUUAAGAAAAAAAAAAACAGUUUAAAUGAUUUAAAUUUACCAAAAAAUGUAAUAUAUUUACAAAUACAGUAUAUUUCCGAGGCCCUUAUUCUUAUUUGUUAUAACUUGUAUAAGAUAUAUUUUCAAAGCAUUCUAUCUAUAUUAGACUUAAAACAUCCGUGUUGAAACUAGCAUAAGAAUAGCAUCUCAAUUUUAGAAACGAGUUUAAAAAAAUCCUUACAAUUAAUAUGCUAAUCAUAAUGGAUUCUUUUAUAGCACAUAUCUUUAUUGUCAACAUUACAUAAUAAUGUUACUCUAAGUUUAUGACUAAAUAAUAAAUAGUUACGCAAUUUAAA